UUCCCCUUGCGUACUGCCGCAGCGCUGAUCCCGGUUGGAAGUUUGGAAAAAAAAUCAUGUGACUUUCAUUUCCUGCUCUUUCAAGUCAGAUCAGUCAGAUCAGUCGCAGCAGCGGAUCCUCGGUUACUCUCUCUCUCUGUAUUCCGCACAAGCUCCCUUUUCAAAAACCGAUAUGUACAGCUGCAUUGGCCUAGCUUUCCUUUUGCUUUUAGGCUGUGGUGUCCUACAGUCUGAUGCAACUGUAGCAGAAGUUUUAGAUCAGAACAACAAGACAUGCAUCUACGCUGAAAUGAUGGUGAAUUUCACGGUUCAGUAUGAGACCAGCAAUUCUACACUUAGCACUGCAGAAUUUGUCCUGCCAACAAAUGUAACAACAGCAGGAAGCAUCUGUGGCAAUAAGACGGUCACCCCUUUUUUAAAAAUCAGUUUUGGGAAUGGCCACUAUUGGAGCAUUAACUUCACACACAGCAAUACUUCGUACCAUGGAGAUGUUUUUAUCUUCGGCUAUAAUGUCAGUGACAGCACCAUCUUUCAUAAUGCCUCUCAAAAAGGUGUUAUCAAGGUUGUGGCCAAUGAUACAAUGCCACCUGUGCCCAUGGAUCACUACUACAGAUGUAUGAGUGAUGACGUUUUUAAGCAAGGCAAUGUCACGCAGACCUUUUGGAACGUCAGUAUUCAAGCUUACAUUAAAGAUGGAAAUCUAAGUGAAAAUGCCACUGUGUGUAGUGCUGAUACCCCGACCACUGUAGCUCCAGUGACAAAUAUAACGACUAUAGCUCCAGUGACGAAUGUAACAACUGCGGCUCCCACCACUACUCCUAAGCCAACUCCAACCCCAAAACCAGAUAAGGAAACCUACAAGGUUUCCAGGGGCAAUGACACAUGCCUGAUUAUCACCAUGGGACUGCAGCUCAACUACAGCACCAGUGCCCAGGCACCGUGGGAAGUGAAGAACAUUGACCCCAAUGUAACCACUGCGUCAGGAACCUGUGGGAAUGACACCUCCACCAUAACGCUGAAUGAGAACAACACCAUUUAUCUUGUUUUCUCCUUCGCUAAACACAGUUCAAAGACAUUCUAUCUUAAAGGAGUGAAUGUAACCACAAUUGUCAAUGGCUCUGCACAACAACUUGGAAUUAACAACAAUCUAAGUUACUGGGAGGCAACCCUGGGCAGCUCCUACAUGUGCAACAAGGACCAGGUGUUCAAGGUUACUGACAAGCUCUUCAUCAACACAUAUGAUCUGAGGGUGCAGCCUUUCAACGUGACCAACGGAGAAUAUUCUACAGCCCAUGAGUGCUCACUGGACGACAGCAGCCUUCUGAUUCCAAUCAUUGUUGGCGCUGCCCUGGCAGGCUUGAUUGUCAUUGUUGUGAUUGCUUAUUUGAUUGGUAGAAGAAAGACCUACGUCGGAUAUCAAACCCUUUAAAGUGAUGAAAAUCAUGAAACCAGCUAAUCACCCCGAUGGUUUCGUUCUGCAAUCUCACAAAAUCACUUUGUGUUUUUUUCUUUUUUUUUUUCACUCCACGGAGCAAGUGCAGGUUCUGUUUUUGUAAUUGACCAGUCUGAGCUAAACUUUCUUCAGACAAACGGGCUAGAUCUUUGACUUGUAGUAUGGAAAUGUGCAGAACAGUUGAUCAGCUGCAAUCAUUAAAAGUAUGAAUCUCUUGAACUUAAGCAGAGUGUUAAAUAUUACCCACAGCUCUUUAUUUUUUUUUAAUGACUUGAUUAACCACUUAUAACCCACAAUAUUUUUAACAAUCUGCGAGAUACAUUGAACCUGCACUUGUCUCCUGUAUAGUUAGCCCUUUGUUUUAAUUUCUUUAAUUCAUCCGUGUACAUCUAUAACUCAACCUUUAUUUUUUAGCAUCUCUACACUUAAAUUUGGAAGUUGUACAUGUUAUUUUAUUUCACUAUAUACUGUAAUAAAAAAAUAUAUAAAGGGUGUUUGCCACUGUAUCCAUGCUGCAAAUAUAUAAUAGACAAACAAUAGUGAAUUGGCCAUGUCUAUAUUUAGUUUAGCCUCCCUGAUAUGGGAGAGCAGAGUACUGCAGAUGAGGAUACUUUGCUACAAAAACACUCCUGUGCAAUUGUAGGGCAUUGUUCAUUGCUUUCCUACUGUCAUGUGCACUUUUGAAGCUGGCUUAACUUUAAGCUUACCAAAUUCCUAAUGUGGUGGUGUAUUUUGUAAUAUUAAAAUAUACGACAAGACUAGAAGUCAUUGUCGUCUUUUGAUGUAACAAUGACAACAAAAAUAAUCAAAACAGUAAAAAGCUGUGUAGCCAGUGUUCAGAUCUAGCUUUAUUUCAGUAUAGCACUGCAGUUACACUCUGUAAAUAGAGAGAGGUUAAUGUGUUUUAUAUGUAUUGAAGGAUUGUUUUGGUUGUUUGGUGCCGACCCAAACGCUUCUCACUCUGGCACAAAUGCGGAACGUGAAGGUUGAGUUAUAGCUUUUGAAAUGUUGCAGUGACCUGCUGGAAUUUGGUUGAAAAGGGACUUCUCAUAGUAACUAGCAAAUAUUAGCCUUUAUUACCAUGAUCCCUUUUAAAUAGAUAGAUACAGUUUAACACCUCCUUAUUCUAAAUUUGAUUUGACAUGAAAUGCACUUACUUGCUUUAACACAGAUGUCAUUCGUAACAUUUCAUAAUGUGUUUAAAAUAGCUGCUGCUGCUUUUAUGAUGCCAGCAUGCCUCACUGCAACAUUUAGUCUUUUGAUUAGGGAGAAACAUAUUUAAACUGGUCCAGUUCCAGCCAACCAUGGGAUCAUAAAAGGAAUUUGUGUGUUUUUUGUCUGCACAUGUAUAUAUUCGUUUUUGCACGGAUCUUGUGUCAUGUGUUCUUGCAGUGACCAGUGCGCUGAUGCCUUUCUGUUUUUUCUUUUGCAAUAUUUCUAAAUCGUAUAAAGUAACUUGCAUGCCCCAUUUCCACACUGUUUUAAGGGAAUAUUAAACGUACAGGGUCCUUAAUUGCUAGGCAAGGUCGUAACGGUUUUGUUGCAGGAGUUGCUGUGUUCACUUUAUUGCAGCCAGCGCUUGGUGAACCUGUUUCAGUACUGUAAGUUUUCACUUAAACUGUUCAGGGGUCCUUGAGAAUACUAAUUUUCCAUUCUGUGUUUUAACACUUAUUACUUUUACAGCUGUAAGAUUUGCAGGGUAAAGUAACUGACUUUCUAUAUAUCCAUGUCACAGUACACAAAUUCUGUCCCUGUUUAAACAGAUCAGUCAUUUAGCAGCUGUCAUAAGAUACUGCUGUUCAGUUUUGACAUGUAUUGCCCUUUUAGUGUUUUUAUGGAUAUUGUUUUUAUUACAAAGGCUGUACAAAACAAGAAGGGAUAUACAUUUAUUUGACUGCAUAUCCUUGCAAAUCUCUGUGCACAAAAUAUCUCAACUCAUCUGUUGCUGUUGCAAUGCCAGUCUAACCUGUGCUUUAUUUAAAGUCCGCGUUCCUAUGGUAACCGAGCAGAACGGGGGACCAGUCUCUUUGUUACUGAUUUCAUCACUUUGUUGAAUACAAAAGGGUGCAGCUUUUGAAUACAAAAGUGCUCCUCUUCUCCAGUGAAUACGAAUCUUAAGAGCUGAGGUUGUAAAAAUGUUUGGCAAGUGUUCAUAGGAAAGGCAUACAGGUGGUCACACCUUUUUUUAAAUUGUUGCUUUGCAUCAGCCUGAACUUUUAGAAAGUGCUCUGGGGGCCUUGGCUCUCAUUAAUCUUGGUUGUAUUGUGCUUUUUGAAGUUUGCAUUUAGCUCUAAAACUUGGAUUAUGUGUGCAGUGUUGACUCUGCUUUUGGGAAUAUAAUGUAGCUCAAUGUUUGUUUCAUUUUAACGUUAAGAUGGAUUUUCCUUGUAGAAAUGCAUUUUGAGUCUUGCACAAGGUUGCUUUCCUCCCCUGAAGAAUCUGACACCUUUUUUUUGUACAUAAGUUGCCCUAAUAAAAACUUUAGAGACUGUU